GCUCCAUUCCAGCCGGCCUCGCACUGACCCGGCCCGCCGGCGUCCUGAGCGGGAGUGGUACCAGCCGAGGCGGGAGGAAGCGGGGUCAUGUCUAGGCCCUCCCGGGCCUGCCGGCUCCGUGAUCUGGUGCUGACGGCGUUGGGCACGGGCGCCUUCGUGCUGGACCUGGGCGCCGACGUGUGGGCCGCGGGCCAGUACGCGCUCCAGGGCCGCCUGCCGUGGGCUGCGCUGCAGCUGGCCGCGCUGGGCCUCGCCUCGGCCGCCCUGCAGCUCUUCAGCUGGGCCUGGUACAGCGGAGACCCCGACGACCUGCACCCAGGGCUGCCCUCGGGCCGCCGUCUGGCGCUGCUGCACUUCCUGCACCUGGGCUACCUGCAUAGGUGUGCCCGGGCCCUGAAGGUGGGAUUUUCCCUGUGGAGGCAGGAUGAGCCAUCCGAGCUUGACCUGGACUAUGCCAACUUCAUUUCCAUGGACAUUAGCAUGCUGCGGCUCUUCGAGACCUUCCUGGAGGCCACACCCCAGCUCAUCCUGGUGCUCCACAUCGCCCUGUGUACAGGCAGAGUGGAAUGCUAUCAGUGGCUGGGCAUUAGCACCUCCUUCAUUUGCAUUUCGUGGACCCUGCUGGAUUAUCACCGGGCCCUUAGAAGCUGCCUCCCGACCAAGUCUUCCUUGGGUUACCUCUCUUCUACUGUCUAUUUCCUCUGGAACCUGCUGCUACUGUGUCCCCGGAUUGUGGCCUUGGCCCUCUUCACCACUGUCUUCCCCAGGUACAUCACUGUCCACUUCCUGACCCUCUGGGUGGUCCUGCUCCUCUGGGUUUGGCUGCAGAACACAGACUUCAUGCCAACCAUUGCAUCCGAGUGGCUGUACCGGGGCACCGUGGCUGUCAUCCUCUAUUUCUCCUGGUUUAACGUGUCUGAGGGGAGGACUCAAAGCCGCAGCAUCAUCCAUUGCAGCUUCCUUGUGAUGGACAGCCUCCUCUUGGGAGGCACAUGGCUGGCAUACAAUGUCCCACUUCCCAACCCCUCCCUGUUGCCGUGGCUCCUGCUUGGGCCUGUGCUCUUCUUCUUGCUGGGCCUGGGGCUUCGUGGUGCCUACUACUAUUGGCUGCACCCCAGCCGCCAAGCAACAGCCUUAGAUGAGAGGGAUGGGAGCCGGGGCCUCACCCUCCAAGACGUGCAUCAGAACAGGAGGAUGGCCAAACUCGCUCAGAGCUUCUUCCCCAGAGCUGCCCCUGCCAAGAGUGGGGACGUGAAUGGUAUCCUCUGAGCCGUGACAGGGACCAAACUGAGGAAGCAGAGGGGUGUGGGGCAGGCCAAGCCUUUUUGAGGCUUGGCUCUGAUUCUCGGGGAGAAGUGUCAGAAACUAUGUCUUCAGCUACUCUGUCUGGGAGUAACCCUCCCUGCCUGGCUCAAUUGGAGAGGCAGCAGUGGCUCCUGGGGCUGCUUGCUUCGAGCUGAGAGCUGCCCUGUAGUCAGCAGUCCUGUGGGGUGUGGGGGGAUAUGGGAUGGUGCCAGUUAGCUUGGGUAGUGCCCAUGCCUGGGUGUGCCUGUCAGUGCCACUUAAAGUGCCUCAUUAGCCUCCUGUCAGGACCAACGGAUUUCUCUUUCCCUGGAGGAUUUUUGUUUGUCAUGGAAACACUUUCUUUGUAUCAUUUUUGGUACCUCCCAUCUCUGGAGGGAAGAGAUGCUGCUUAAGUCCAGGAGGGAUGAGAUUCAUUUUACAGUGUUAUGUGUGUAUAUGUUUUUUUAUAAAUAAAGAUUUAUUAGGAUAGAGGAAUAUAUGGCCAGGAGACAGAA